UAAAACUUACUGUAAAUUAUUGCAAAGUUACUGUACUGUCACAGUGAAAAUCAUGGUUUUGUUACUGUACAUUUCUAUUCGGGUGACUUAUAAUCUGCGAUUAAUGGUUUGUCCGGAAUUUCCCUUCAAAGUGAAUUUUGACAGUAUGCUUAUUGGCCCUUUUCAAAAAACGCGUGAAAUAUACUCGCUACUCAAUUGAGCUAACUACACUCACAAGUCGUGACAGCGAGUCGCACAUUAAAAUUGACCACCAGAAUACAACCCUAAUCUUUUAAAUGUGAACAAAUGGAGUACGCGAAGUCAGCCUACAACGUGCUCGGCAGUGGAUAUCCGUUUCGCGGCAAGUACACAGUUCAAUUCAAAUAUUUCAAAUUCGAUCCACGACUCAAAACAACCAAAUGGCAAUCGGAUUCACCGCCAGUGGUCGUGAAUCCUCUGCAAAGGAGCACCGGAAAUUCUGACCAGCUGAACCGAGAGGCAAAACAGGACCGCAAAGUCAGUUACGAUAAAGCCCAUUUCGUCGAAAGUGAUUUGCCGCUAGCUGAUGAGAGUGACCGUAAUAGUUCUACAAGGCAUGACAGCAGUCAUCUCUCGCCGUGUCCUGUUUGUGGCAAAAUGGUAAAAGAUGCAAAAUCUCACAUGUUCAUUCACAGCGGUGAGAAACAAUUCCCAUGUAGCUUUUGUAGCAAAAAGUUUACGCAUAAAAGCGAUCGAAAUGUGCACGAGAAUAUCCACAAAGGGCUUAAACCGUAUAAAUGCUCCGAAUGUCCAAGCUCAUUUGCACAUCGAAAGUCGCUGCUGACGCAUAAGGUCACUCAUACUAAAUCCCGUAAUUACAGAUGUCAUAUUUGUGGUAAAACUUACGGGCACUUAAUCGUACUUAAGAAACAUCUCACUGCCCACCGAAAUGAGAGACGAUACCAAUGCUCGAUCUGUAACAAGGCGUUUUUGGCCAAACAAGUUCUUCAAAAUCAUAUGUUGAUACAUAGCAAUGAACGUCCUCAUCAGUGCACUAUUUGCACAAAACGUUUUCGCAGGGCUGAUAGUUUGCAAGCGCAUUCGAAAGUACAUCAGCGAAAUACCGCUUAUGCGUGUAAUGUUUGUAACAUUCAGUUCGAAUGUCAACGAGCUUUAGAUCAGCACAGAAAUGAUGAACAUAUGCUGACUGAUACGAAUGAUGGUAGCAUUUUUAUCAACAUUGAUCAAUCAACUGACAGUCAGCAAACGGAUGGAGCACAGCGAAUAGCUCAUUUCUAUGAUGUACCUGUUCAACAGGAAGGAAGCUUUGCUGAACAAACCUCAACGAACGAACAUCUUCCGUACGCGGUACAGAGCUAUACAGAUCAGCUGAACGAAUUAGGUAGUGGCGAAAGUUAUUCGCUUUCGUGGGAAGGUGACAGUUAUCAAUUCUAGAAAACAACGGGAAUAAAUGAAUAUGGUACAAACUAUUCCUUGAAUAGAUGCAAACAUUCUGUUACUGACUGUAGAGUCGGUAUUAAUAAACAUAUGAAUCGUUGCAAUAAAGUGAAGUGUCCUAUGCCUCAUGAGAAUUAUAAAGAGAAAUUGAGUGAGAGAGAACAUUCAAUAGAGCGGGAUAAUGUACAGAAUUGAGGGAGCUUGAUCUGAGACGAACAGUUUACUUUGAACAGUUACCGAGAACGAACGGACAAGCGAGACGAAACUAAAAGCGACUCCCAACACGAUCAGCAGGAACCUACGGAGGAUUCUACACCGAUGAGUUAGCGUACUGCUUAUAAACAAAUUUCUGUACAUUUUCAUAGUUAAUUUGUGGUCUACAAUCUGUAUUCUGACAUCUAAAUUCCUCGAUGAUGAUUUUCUUUAGCACGUGUGUUUUUGUUGGUACCCCGUUUUGCAUUCUACAUUUUCUAUCGUGCCGCCUAGUAUUGAACGCAUCAGAAUUCAAAUUGCCUCACGGAAAAAAUACUGUAGAAAACAACCCAUGGGUAUUCUUAUCUUGAAAAUUGUGGGUAGAAGUAGUUUAGAGUGUAUUGUUUAAACUAGCGGUUCUCAACCUUUUUCGUACCAGGACCCCUUCAAAAUCACCCUGGGUUGUUGCGGACCCCAACCGCCUAACAUAGAUUCUUAUAUUUAUUUUUGUUAUA